ACGGUUCUCGUUUUCCUUUACGUUUGGUGUUGUGAGUUUGGCCCGUGAAAAUAAGGUGAGGAAGAUUGAAAUGCGUGGCUCUUAAAUGUUAUCUGAAGUGAUUUAUCGUCUGUUAAGUUAAACAUGAAUCCUUUAGUUGGACAACAAGUGAAUGUUCUAUUAAUGUGUACAUUUAUUUCGAAAUAGCGACUUAUGAAUGUCCCACAACAUACUUCUCUAUCCCAAGCAGACCAGGAAAAGGUUUAUCAAUGGAUUAGUGAACUAGCUCGUCCGGAUACUAGAGAAAAUGCUCUUUUGGAACUAAGUAAGAAAAGAGAAGCUGUUCCAGAAUUAGCACCAAUGCUAUGGCAUUCCUUUGGAACAAUAACUGCUUUACUUCAAGAAAUAAUAAAUAUUUAUCCUGCUAUAAAUCCACCUACUCUGACUGCCCAUCAAUCCAAUCGAGUUUGCAAUGCACUUGCUCUACUGCAGUGUGUAGCAUCCCAUCCUGAAACUCGCACAGCUUUUCUGCAAGCAAACACACCUCUUUAUUUAUACCCAUUUUUGCAUACUGUAAGUAAAACAAGGCCAUUCGAAUAUCUUCGUCUCACAAGUCUAGGAGUAAUUGGUGCUUUGGUAAAAACAGAUGAACAAGAAGUCAUUAAUUUUCUAUUGUCCACGGAAAUAAUUCCAUUAUGUCUACGCAUUAUGGAAUCUGGUAGUGAAUUGUCAAAAACAGUUGCAACAUUUAUCUUGCAGAAGAUUCUACUCGAUGAAACUGGUUUAAAUUAUAUAUGUCAGACAUACGAAAGAUUUUCACAUGUAGCUAUGAUUCUUGGAAAAAUGGUGCUUUCAUUAGCUAAAGAGCAAUCAGCUCGUUUGUUAAAACAUGUCAUUCGCUGCUAUUUGCGUCUUUCAGACAAUCCCAGAGCUAGAGAAGCUUUAAGACAGUGCUUACCUGACCAGUUGAAAGAUAACACAUUUGCAAAUUGUUUGAAGGAAGAUAAAUCGACGAAACAUUGGCUGAGCCAACUGCUAAAGAAUCUUGAAACAACUCCUGUGUCUGAGGAGCGACUUGGUUAUGCAAUGCAAUGAAUACUAACUAUUUAAGGCAGUGUUUACAGGACCAAUUGAAAGUUAAGAGGUUUGCAGAUUGUUUGAGAGAAGGUAAAUCUGCAAAACACUUCUUUUGAGUAGUCGGGUGUUAAAGAAUAUUGAAGCAUCUCUUUUUCUGAGGUGUAUAUUGAAUGAAGCAAGAAAUACUUUUUAAUGUAGGUAUGCAGAAUGACUAAUGUACUAUGAAAUAUUUUCAUUCAUAAAGGAGUUUAUUUUUCUAUGAUCAUUCAUAUGAUAGUGUACAUUAAAAAGUAUUGCAAAUGAUUUAAAUUAUUUACGAACUUAAGAUCAAUUGUUAUUUUGAAGUUCCUUAUGAAAUAAAUGCCUUAUGCAUAAAUAUUAUUUCUGACAAAGCUGUAGACAUAUAUAAAUAAAUGAUUUUUUUAUGUUCACUCUUUUUUUGACAGCUCAUGUAAAUUUGAGUAUUUUAAAAGAUGUAAAAAACUUUAUCAUCAUGAAUGUGUGUUCUGUAAAAUAAAGUCUGUUUGAAAUAUA